AUGGAGAAGGUCCUUAUCCUGUUGCUCAUCUCCCUGGCUGUAGCCUAUGCUGCCCCUGACCCUCGCGGCCUGAUCAUAAACCUGGACAAUGGGGAGCUGUGCAUGAAUAGUAUCCAAUGUAAGAGCAGAUGUUGUCACCGGACUAGUGGCCUGAGCAUGGCCCGCUGUGCUGAGAAAGCCCCUGAGAACAGUGAAUGUUCUGCCAAGACCCUCUAUGGAGUUUACUACAAGUGUCCCUGUGAGAGGGGAUUGACCUGCGAGGUGGACAAGACCAUCGUGGGCUCCAUCACUAACACCAACUUUGGUAUCUGCCACGAUAUUGGCCGUUCCAAGCAGUGAAGUCUUCCCCCGCCAUACCCUACCUUUCCCCACCAACCCACCAGAUUGUCUGUCAAUUAAAGUCCAUCCAGCAAACCCUU